AUGGACGUCGCCGGCCACCCCACGAAACGCAAACGAGGCUUCUCCGACAAUGAUUACGACGACGGAGACGAAGUUUCCGUUUCCGCCGCCACGGAAAAUGGAGGAGUGGACCUCUCCCUGUUGGAAGCACUUGAAAAAUCCCAGCAGAAUGUCGUCGAGACGCUCGACCUGAAAACCCUAAAGAAGCUUGUGUUAGCCUUCGAGCGUCGCUUGAAGGACAACACCGCCGCACGGUUGAAGUAUCCCGACCAACCUGAGAAGUUCGCGGACUCUGAAGUGGAGCUCCACGAAGAAAUCGAGAAGCUUAAAAUCCUCGCUGGCGGUCCUGAGCUCUACCCGGACCUUGUUUCACUUGGCACUGUCGCGUCCAUUACUCAAUUGCUGAACCAUGACAACACCGAUAUCGCUAUUGACGCCGUUUCCCUCAUUCAAGACCUCACUGAUGCGGACGUAUUUGACGGUGAGGAUAACGACGAGGCGGCCACUGUUUUCGUCGAUGCCCUAAUUGAAAACAACGGUUUGGAGCUUUUGAUUCAGAAUAUGAGCCGUUUGUCGGAAACCGACCCGGACGAAUCAGCUGCUAUCUUUAGCACACUCACAACCAUUGAGAAUUUGGUUGAAAUAAAGCCGGCCGUGGCUGAAUUGGUCUGUGAGAGGACUAAACUGAUGAAAUGGUUGGUUUCAAAGAUUAAAUCAAGGGAGUUUGAUAGUAAUAAGCAGUAUGCCUCGGAGAUGUUAGCCAUUUUGUUGCAGAACAGUCCAGUGAAUCAGAAACGGUUGGGCCAGAUGAAUGGUGUGGAUGCGGUGUUGCAGGCAGUUGCAAUGUACAAGUCUAGGGAUCCAAAAACUGUGGACGAAGAGGAGAUGGUGGAGAAUUUGUUCGAUUGCUUGUGUUGUUUGUUAAUGCCAUUGGAGAACAAGGAGAAGUUUGUCAAUGCUGAGGGAGUGGAAUUGAUGGUCAUUAUUAUGAACCAGAAGAAAUUCUGUUAUGGCUCUGCCAUUAAGGCGUUGGACUAUGCUUUGACAAAUUAUCCACCUGCUUGUGAAAGGUUUGUCGAUGUUCUGGGUUUGAAGACUGCUUUCCCAGCUUUUAUGGGUAAGAUUCCUUUGAGCAAGAAGAACAAGAAAAAGGGCUUGAAAGAAGAAUUGGAAGAGCGUCUUAUUUCACUAAUUGCAUCAUUGUUUGGUGGAAUUUUGAGGGGUUCUAGAAGGGAAAGAUUGUUGAGUAAAUUUGUGGAGAAUGAGUGCGAAAAGAUUGAUAGGCUCAUGGAGCUAUAUAUGAGAUAUUCCAAUAGAGUAAAAGCAGAGACUGAAAGACUGAACAGUCUUGAUCUUGAUGAUUUAGAGAUGGACGAAGAAGAAAUAUACAUUAGGAAGAUGGAGGUUGGGCUAUAUACUCUUCAGUUGAUUGCUGUGAUCUUGGGUCAUCUUUGGACUUCUGAGAAUUCUCGGAUGAGAGCGAGGAUUGAGUUACUAUUGAAGCAGAAUAAGCUCUCCAAAAAGGAUGUCAAAGAUGUAUUACAGGAAUAUCACGACAAUGUGGGUGAUCUGGAAGGACCUGAUGAGAAAGAGAGGGCACAGUCAAAGAUCCAAAAGUUCAUAUCAGCAUUUUGA